AUGGCCCAAGCAACGAGUUCGUCCACCACCCUCGAUGGAAAGCAUGAUGACCAUCGCAAUCAGUCGAACUUGAAGUCUGACGCGGACCUUCCUAUAGAUCCCUCAAUUGCGGCCUCCAGCCCGACAUACCCUCCCCCGUAUUCCCCUUACCAGCCUCAGGGUCACGAUAUGGCCCAGUACCAGGGUCAUCCGCCCCCGCAGAUGUAUGCGCGUCCGGAAUGGUCGCAUGGUUAUCCUCACCAGCAACCUCACAUGCCGGGUCCUUAUAGCUCCCCUGCCCCAACGGUUGGUUCUGCCUCCCCUGCUGCGACCGCAGGGCCGCGCCCUGGUCAGGUCUAUUCUUUCGUCCCAAUUCCUGGUGCCCAGCAGCACAAGCGCCCGCGUCGCCGUUAUGAAGAAAUUGAGCGUAUGUACAAAUGCGGUUGGAAUGGCUGCGAGAAGGCCUAUGGUACCUUGAAUCACCUUAAUGCACAUGUAACCAUGCAAUCGCACGGUUCAAAACGAACACCAGAAGAGUUCAAGGAAAUCCGCAAAGAGUGGAAGGCUCGCAAGAAGGAAGAGGAGAACCAGCGCAAGGCCGCUGAAGAGCGCGAACGCCAGGCUGCUGCCCAAGCUCAGGCUCAACCUGAGGGCGGUCCCCCCGCGGAUCCUUCGCAGGGAGGCCAACCUCCUGCCUACGCAGGUGGUGUGCGUCAAUUGCCUCCCAUCGGUUACCAGCCUGCCGAGAACCAAGUUCCCGGUCAAUACGCCGCUGGUGGUGCCGGCCAGAUGGUGUACCCUCAGGGUAACGCCCAGAUUUACAGCAAUUACCCACACUCUCCUUACGCCCAAAACAACCAGGUGUACCAGCCCCCAGACAACCAAUCUGGAAACUACCAAUAG